AUGAACGCUUUCGACUUCGAUAAUGUGACGGCGGAGAAGGCGAAGGCCAUGCUAAGGUACAAUCGCCUCCAGACUGUCGCCAAACUGUUUCGCUUCGUCGAGAUCUGCCUGGGUCUUGUACUUCUCUCAUGGAUUUCGGCUCGACUGCCUUUCGCCGUCAGAAUCUCCGGCCUGUUUUUCCAGCAACUCUUCGCGGUCGUCGUUAGCCCGCUCUUCAUCUUCUUAGUCGGAAACGCCAUCGUCUUAACUCUCCUCUUCAAGUCCGGUAAGUUAUCGGGCCAAACUCCCACUGACAACAAUGCCGAUAUCGAUCUCUACGAGGAACUGAUCAAGAACAGAGAGAGCGAAGACAUCUAUGGACCGCUAAAGGUUCCUCCGGUUCCGGAACCGGAGCAGAUCGUGUACCAGGAAAAAGAAGUCAUUUCUGAAGUAAACACCGUCACUCUUGAUAGCAACCACGUCGCGGUUGUCGCUGCAAAGGUUUCGGAUGGGAAACCUUAUCGGAGGAGCCAGUCGGAGAGCCUGAAGAGAGAGAUUCCGGAGAAGCUUAGAGCAAAGCUCCGCCGGUCGGAGACCGAGAAAUGCCGGAAAGUUGUAGGUUGCGGCCAGCUUCCACCGGAAACGGUGUGUUUGGUGGACCAAUUGAGCAGUGAGGAAUUCCAGCGUGCAGUAGAAGAAUUCAUUGCCAAGCAAGUCAAGUUUCACCAAGAGGAGAAGCUGGCCAUUGUUACCUGUUAA